AUGGUAAAAACGUAUGAUUUUAGUAAUAAUAAAAUUGAAUUUAUACCAUCACAAAUUCAAGUACUUCAAUAUUUAAGAAUUCUAUCCUUGAAAAACAAUCGGUUAACAUAUUUACCAAAUGAAUUAUUUCUUAUAGCCAAUUAUAGUUAUUCAGGUGGUGGAUGUGGUGCUGCGCGUUUAGAUGUUAAUGGAAAUUUAUUUGAUGAUAAAGAACUGAAUCAGAUUAUUAAAACGGUGAAAGAUAAAUUAAUUCAUGUUAGUUUAAUUUAUUAA